AUGUACUGGCCAAUUCUCGUCCAAGCUCUGGUUCUCUCGGCUGGCGCCGUGGAGGUUCCGUUUGAUACAGGGACGAAGCCAACAGGAGUGGUUGACCCUAGAACCACUAAGCAAUGUCAACUUUGGGUUAACAAAAUUACGGACUCCAAUGCCUGCCCUACUAUCGUGAAGUACUUCAGCCUCAAGCAAUCCGAAUUCUCGCUUUGGAAUCCGGGAGUUGAUUACGAUUGCAGAGGUUUCAAGAAAGGUAAUUCCUACUGUGUGAAAGCGCCCGUCUGGCGUGCGCCUGCAAAAAGGGCACUUCCACCAGGGGUUGGAGUUUCUAUUCCACCUUUGUCAAAGAGGUCGCCCACACCAUCAACGUUGAUCGUAUCCGCUUUGCCCCGAUCUCUGUCGUCAACAACAGAAGUCACGUUCUCCCUUGGCCUCCCUAGUCAAUCCCCGACGAAAGCACGGCCUACAGCUUUGGUGAAAAAGGCACCCGAUACAACGCCCCUCUCAAUACUCCCACCUACUCCUGCCAAGCGAUCAGAGUCGAUGCCUCUCUCAAUCCUUCCACCCACUCCUGUAAAACGAUCUGAAUCAACGCCUCUCUCAAUCCUCCCCGUGUCCGGCGGACAGGAACCGUCAGCACUACCAGUUCCUCCUGCAAAACGAUCCGAAUCAAAGCCUUUUUCGAUCCUCCCUGUGACCCCCAGGCAUGAACCGUCAGCAACAAUGUCUUCUAAUCCUGCAGCAAAACGGUCUAGUGCUCCCGUAUCACCUCCUCCACCAUCUGCUACUGCCCCAAGCACGGGGCUGCCCAACAGACUCAUCCACCCGGGGACGAAGACGGACUGCAAAGACGACCUUCUCGCGAAGCAGACUGAUGCGUGUGAUUAGAUCAUCUCUGAGAAUGGGACUCCUGAGCCGAACUUCAGCACUUGGAAUCCGGGUGUUGGAUUAGGGCUGUGAUAAUUUGUUGCUGCGGUUUUGUGCCUGUGUGAAGGAGUAGGCAGUCAGAGACGAUAUCCAUUGAGGAAUAGUUCUUAGCCUUUGCGAAAAAUGGCUCCUAUCGAGGAGGAUAAAUGCAAGAUAGGGUUCGAAUUAUGGUGAAUGUUGGUAUUCGGACUAGUUAACGCUCCUUUUCGUUGCUCCGGUUUUUGUUUCUUGCUUUCUACGAUAAGUAGGGUACUAUCUUUAGUAUAAGCGAAAGCUAUGCGUUGUCAUGCCUCU